CGUAUUUCUAGGAAUAAUGGAGAUGUACGAUCAUACCGGUAAGGCUGUCACACAUGGGCGCGCCAGAGUCAAUGGCAUCCGAAUGCAUUACAUCCGGGCCGGUCAAGGAUCUGAAGCUCUCCUCCUGCUUCAUGGCACGCCAAAGACGAGCUACUACUGGUACAAGCUCAUUCCACUGUUGACAGAGCAUUUCACAAUCGUCGCUCCAGAUCUCCGAGGUUUCGGCUACACCGAUAAGCCACCCACUACUGAAGGUUACGACUCGGCGACAAACGCACAGGACCUCAGCGAACUCAUGACAUAUCUAGAAAUUGACAAGUUCCACAUACACGGCGAGGAUCGCGGAGCGGAUUUUGCGUACGCGCUCGCUGCCACCUGCCGGGACCGUGUCAAGAGCUUGUCAUUCUGUGAGAUGAUGGUGUCUGGUUUCGGCCUGGAGGAAACAUCUUUCUGGACCGAGAAGAACGUCACAGCGCAGUACCGUCGAGAUGGUAUCUGGUGUUGGCAUCUUGGCUUCUUCUCGAUACCACACGUCCCGGAGAUGCUCAUUCAGGGUCACGAGCACGAGUUCUGGGAGAUGUUCAUGACACAAGAAUGUUAUAACCCGACCGCGAUUGAGACUGCGGCCUUGGAACAUUGGGUGAGCUGUUCAAUGCAGCCGGGUGGCUUACGAGGUAUUCUGGAGACCUAUCGCGCGGGUUUCAAAAACGCAGCUCAUCAUCGAGCACUGCUGGAAGACGGAGGCAAGCUCGAGAUGCGAGUUAUGACAAUCGGUGCACCGGAAUUCUUUGGUCCUCUAGUCGAGCAGAGCAUCAGACGACUUGCGGAGAAUGUGGACAGAUCUGAGAUCUUUGAGGAAUGUGGUCACAGUCUGGCGCUAGAAAAGCCAGACAGGCUUGCGGCAUGCCUUCGCGAGUUUAUGUUAGGGGCCGAUUGAGACAUAUUCGAGAUAUACUAUUGUGAAAACUACGAUCUCCGAGUGUGAGGUACUGCCACGUUUGAGGCUGUUCUUGGAUUUACAGCGGGUUCCGGGAGAUGUGUCUUUGAUUGAUCCUCUGCCUUUGUUUCGAGCCACAGCUAACGAUCCUGAAGACGCUCAAGACUGACACGCUCUUCUUGAUCGUGCGCGGAAGACAAUUUGGCUGCCUUCCAAGUCUGUCGAUAUCUUGCGCUUCUCACUUCUGCGUGUUGACAGAAUUUACUGGAAAGGCCUGGACAACGUCGUCACUACAAAUUCACAGCAGAUACUGGAAACAUGAAGGACGACCGAAUGCAAUUGCUAUAUGUCUCAAUGUUCAUCUAUUCCAAGACCUACGAUCUGUAUAGAUGAGGCCUACAAUUGUCCAACCAAACACCACUACUUGUGUCGUCUCUCUUCCUCAAUCGCAAGCUUGCCAUAAUGUUCUGCGACCCCGGUAACGUCUAG